CCUGGCGACUGCCGGGGUGGUUUACCCGGCCGCGACAGCGACGUUGUUCCCUGGCCGGGUGUCAGCCGGACACCACCACCCCGAGUUCACCACCACGUUGGAGGUGGGGUUCCCGGCGCGCGGCACCACCGCCUCCAUGGCGUUGGUGGCCGCGCCGCCCUCGUGGCCCUCGCGGGACCCUGGGGCCAGCCUGGCGGCGACCGGCGCGGCCGCGGCGGCAGCCGCUGCCGCGGCCGGCGCCGCGGCCGCCGCCGCAUCCGCCACGGGCCCAGGCCCCAUCCAGAUCGCCCCCCCGCCCCCCAUGCCCCCGACCCACCUCACGCCCUCCGCCACGCCGGAGGACAUCACCUGCCUCGUGCCCCCGGCCGGGGUUCUCACGCCCAGGGACCCCUUGCCGCCCAGCACCACCCCGGCAGCCAGGCCAACAGCUCCCAGUCGGGCAGCUCGCAAACCGACAAAUCGCCCAACAUCGAGUGCGUCGUGUGCGGGGACAAGAGCAGCGGCAAACACUACGGCCAGUUCACCUGCGAGGGAUGCAAAAGCUUCUUCAAGAGAAGCGUGAGGAGAAACCUAACUUACUCGUGUCGGGGGAAUAGGAACUGUCCCAUCGACCAACACCAUAGGAAUCAGUGCCAGUUUUGUCGAUUGAAAAAGUGCCUGAAGAUGGGCAUGCGGCGGGAAGCGGUGCAGAGGGGACGAGUGCCGCCGUCGCAGCCGUCGCUACCAGGUCUGCCGGGCCAGUUCGCCCUGACGAACGGGGACGCGGUGGCGUGCGCGAGCCUGAACGGCCACUCAUACCUCUCCUCGUACAUAAGCCUGCUGCUCAGGGCGGAACCUUACCCGACCUCGCGCUACGGCCAGUGCAUGCAGCCCAACAACAUCAUGGGGAUCGACAACAUAUGCGAGCUGGCCGCCCGGCUCCUAUUCUCGGCGGUCGAGUGGGCAAGGAACAUCCCGUUCUUCCCCGACCUCCAGGUCACCGACCAGGUAGCCCUUCUCAGGCUAGUGUGGAGCGAGCUGUUCGUCCUGAACGCGAGCCAGUGCUCGAUGCCGCUCCACGUGGCGCCCCUCCUCGCCGCGGCCGGCCUCCACGCGUCCCCCAUGGCCGCGGACCGCGUGGUCGCCUUCAUGGACCACAUCAGGAUCUUCCAGGAGCAAGUGGAGAAGCUCAAGGCGCUGCACGUAGACUCGGCCGAGUACAGCUGCCUCAAGGCCAUCGUCCUCUUCACCACAGACGCGUGCGGUCUGUCGGACGUGGCCCACAUAGAAUCGCUGCAGGAGAAGUCGCAGUGCGCGCUCGAGGAGUACUGCAGGACCCAAUACCCGAACCAGCCGACGAGAUUCGGCAAGCUGUUGCUCAGGCUUCCCUCGCUGAGGACCGUCUCGUCCCAGGUGAUCGAGCAGCUGUUCUUCGUGCGCCUGGUUGGGAAAACGCCGAUCGAGACGUUGAUCAGGGACAUGCUGCUCAGCGGGAGCAGCUUCAACUGGCCCUACAUGUCCACGAUGUGACACACCGUUUGGCGACACUUGGCUUCCGCUUAAUCAAUCAACCGACAAAUCUCCAUCGACCACCCCCCCCCACCACCCCCUUACUACUACCUUAUUAGCCCCUCCCCCCGAAUAACCACCUUCGAACAAAUAUGGAGGAAGAUCACCUGCAAAAGAGAAGAGAAGAAGAUGACGUCGUUUCGUUCGAUUGAUAACACGACAAUAAGUGGAGGGGGUAGAAAUUAUAAAUUGACGGGGGAGGGGAUCGGCGAGUUGCUUUUGAUAUAUUUCCUCGCCUUCCCCUUUCCUUUCGUUUGGGGCAAGCUUCGUGAACCCCACUCUCCACCCACUCGAUCGGAUCGGAUCGGUUUUGUUACUCGAAGAUUCGAGCGAACGCGCGCAUGCGCGCGCGCGGCCAGCCUGUAAAUGAACGAACGACUAUAUUUUUCUCUGAACGCGGAUAUAUGUUCGAUCGAGGGCUGGUCGCGUGUCGCGAAUAUAUAUAUAUAUAUAAAUAUAUAUAUAUAUAUAUAUAGAAAUAUUGUUGGCGAGGAUGCUUCGGGGGGAGGGGACGCAAUGUGAUAAUAAGCGUACGUGGAGAUUCCCGAAACACGGUGCUUUCUUACUUUAUAAAUAAAUGAAUGAAUGAAUAAAUAAAUAAAUAAAUAAAUAAAUACUGUACGAUAUAUAAAAAAUGCCGGGGCGUUGUACAGGGUUGGCCGAUUGUGUAGAUAGGCCGGCGAGCGUGGAGAAGAGACACGAAGGAGGAGGCGGGGGAAAUGAUCGAAGACUGCGCCCACGAAGACGCGUACACGUGGCAACGUCGAACUAGUUACUUACUAAUUAGACAAGACAUUUAGGGGUAUAUGGGAAUAUUUCUAAUAUUUUUAAGCAGCGAUCGAUUUUCUUAAGAAAAAAAAGAUAAAAAAAAAAACUGCGACGCGCGCGCGCAAACACACACGCAGAAACGAGCGUACAUGCAUAUAUACACGUACACAAUAUAUAUAUAUAUAUAUAUAUAUAUAUAUAUAUAUAUAUAUACGCAAGGAGCGCGUCUCGGUGAAAAUCGUACGCGAUCGAGUCGAAUCGGGUCGAAUCGGGUCGAUUCGGGUCGAUUCGGGUCGAUUCGGGUCGAUUCGGGUCGAGUCGGGUCGAGUCGGGUCGAGUCGAAGGUAGCAGCGAGCUUUUCGAGCGUCUCGCAUGGAUUCCACGCCCCGAGACGCGUCCCCCUCGUCGAACGCGAAUUUUUUUCUCCCCGGAGAAAAAAAAAUUGUAUUACAUAUAUAUAUAUAUAUAUAUAUAU